GGGGGCGGAAGAGGUGCUGGAUAGGAGGCGGGUGGACGCGGUUCUCUCCGGAAGGGCUGUGGCUCCUUUAGCCCCGCCCGCCUGGGUAGUUGCCUGAAGUAGUGCAGGAUCAGCCCGCGAGUUGCAGGUCAUGGCCCUGGCCGCUCGACUGUGGCGCUUUCUGCUAUUGCGACGUGGAGCCGCCCCGGGGCCUCGGCUCCCUGCGGGGACUUCGGGCAGCCGUGGACAUUGCGGCCGCUGUCGAUUCCGUGGCUUUGAGGUAAUGGGAAACCCAGGAACUUUCAAAAGAGGCCUUUUACUCUCAGCUUUGUCUUAUUUGGGUUUUGAAACUUACCAGGUUCUCUCUCAGGCUGCUGUGGUUCAUGCCGCAGCCAAAGUUGAAGAAAUACUUGAACAAGCAGACUACCUGUAUGAAAGCGGAGAAACAGAAAAACUUUAUCAGUUGCUAACCCAAUACAAGGAAAGUGAAGAUGCAGAGUUACUGUGGCGUUUGGCACGGGCAUCACGUGAUGUUGCUCAGCUUAGCAGAACCUCAGAAGAGGAGAAAAAGCUAUUAGUGUAUGAAGCCCUAGAGUAUGCAAAAAGAGCACUAGAGAAAAAUGAAUCACAUUUUGCAGCGCAUAAGUGGUAUGCAAUCUGCCUUAGUGAUGUUGGAGAUUAUGAAGGCAUCAAGGCUAAAAUUGCAAAUGCGUAUAUUAUCAAGGAGCAUUUUGAGAAAGCAAUUGAACUGAACCCUAAAGAUGCGACUUCAAUUCACCUUAUGGGUAUUUGGUGCUAUACAUUUGCUGAAAUGCCUUGGUAUCAAAGAAGAAUUGCUAAAAUGCUGUUUGCAACUCCUCCGAGUUCCACCUAUGAGAAGGCCUUAGGCUACUUUCACAGGGCAGAACAAGUGGAUCCAAACUUCUACAGCAAAAACUUACUUCUUUUAGGAAAGACAUACUUGAAACUACACAACAAAAAGCUUGCUGCUUUCUGGCUAAUGAAAGCCAAGGACUAUCCAGCACACACAGAGGAGGAUAAACAGAUACAGACAGAAGCUGCUCAGUUGCUUACAAGUUUCAGUGAGAAGAACUGAGAACUUUUCAGAGACGAUGUGAGGAGAAACAGAAGCAGUUGAAGGGCCAGAAGUGAGUCUUUUAGGAGUGUGGUGGCAUUCUGCUGGAUGGCUUUUUAAAAUGGGUUUUUUCCUUUAGGGAGACCGAAUAAACUGUGUUGUGCACCUGCGUUUUGACUGUGACCUAUUACAUGAGGUCAGAUGUGGAAUUUUCUGCUUGUAUCAUCAUUUUGGCACUCAGAAAGCUUUGAAUUAUGGAGCAUGAAUUUCAUGUUUUAGAUUUUUGGAUUCAGGGAUGUUCCAACUGUAUAUGUGUCUGUGUGUGCACAGAUACAUACAUUUCUAAAUCUUUUGAAAUUAAUUGCAAGCAUCAUAAUAGUUCACCCCUAAAUGUGUCAGCAUGCAUUUUCUCAGAAUAAAGACAUCUUCCUAAACAAACACAAAACCAUUAUCACAACUGGAAAAGUUAACAACGCUCUAACAUCAUCUAAUAUCUACCCAUAUUCAAAUUUUCUCAAACGUCCCCAAGAUGUCUCAUGCUUCUUAAAAUCAGGAUCCAAAUUGCAUUUGAUUUGUUGCUAAUCUUUCAAUCUAGAACAGUUCCCCAUUUUUUUCUUCUUGCAACAUUGACUUUUUGAAUAGGCCAGUUCAUUUGUCAUUGAUUCUGUCGCAUUCCAGAUUGGCCUAAUUGACCACACCUUGAGAACCGCUGUUCCGGUUUAUUUCCAGGACUCAAAUUAGUUCUAUUAGAUCUUUGUCUGACUUUCAUAUUUAUCACUUACUGAUUUUUCUUUUGGCCUUUUUGUUUCAUUUUCUUGGCUCUUUUCAUUUGUAUCUUCCGCACCCUUUAUUUUACUUUUGGUUGUAUCUCUUCUUCCUUAGAUACUUGAUAAUGGCCUUCAUGUCUGAUAUGUUUGUCUUUUUCUCCAAAUUUUUUUCCUGAUUUUAGCCAGUCAUUCACAUCUGCAUUUUGUUUGUCCAGUUCUGAGUUUUUAAGUUGCUAUUUUGGAUUUUUUUAAUAUCUAAUAAUUUAAUUCAUAUUAGCAUAUUGUGUUAAAGUUUUUUUUUUUCUCAUUUUCAGUUUUCUCUUUAGUGACUUUAUUUUUUUCCCUAGGGAUGUAAUUUUAAGUUGAGUUACCAGCAAUACUGUCAUCAAAUGGGAGGAAAGGGUCUGGGUUGGUUCAAGAAUACUUUCUGCUAAGUUGUUUUUUGUGAGAUCAGGUAUCAUUCAGUAAUAAAGCUCUUUAUGGAGUGAGGUUUUACCUCCUGAUUCCUUAUUAGAACUUUAAAAAAUAUUUUUACUUUCAAAUAAUUAUAGAUUCACAAACUAAAAAAAAAAAAAAAGGUCCUGUGUACCCGUCUCUCAGCCUGUCCCAGUGCUAACAUCUCAUAUAACCUAAAGUACAAUAGCAAAACCCAGAAACUGACAUUGGUACAGACCACAGACCUUAUUUAGAUUUUACCACUUUUAAAUGCUCUUGUGUGUAUAGUUGUAUGCAGUUCUAUCACAUGUAGAUUUCUGGUAACUGCCACCAUAAUCAAGAUACAGACCUGUUCCAUCAUCACACAGAUCCCUAGUGCUGUCCCUUUAUAGUCACGCCCAUCCACCUCCUCUCCCCCACCCAUCCCUAGCUCUGACAAGCAUUAAUCUGUUCUUCAUAAUUUUGUUAUUUCAACAGUGUUAUACAAAUGGAAUCAUACAGUGAGACCCUGUGACACUCUUUUUUUUCACUCAGCAUAAUUCCCUUGAGACCUAAGUUCUAUCAGUAGUUUGUUCCUUUUUAGAGUUGACUAGUAUUUAAUAUACUGUAUCAAUCAUAUGCUGAGGGGCAUUUAGGUUAGUCCUGAUUUUGGGCUGUUACAAAUCUGCUAUGAGCAUUAUAUGCCGGUUUUUAUGUCUACAUAAAUUCUCUCUCUCUGGGAUACAUGUCCAGGAGUGUGGCUACUGGGUCCUUAUCUUCAUUUUUCCCCUUUAUCUCUGAGGGUUAGGUUUCUUCUGCAAGACAUGGUGCCUUCCCAAGAUUCCAAUUCUGUGCACUAAGUCGCUUCCACUUGACUUCCCAGGAGCCUGAUUCCCCACAUGUCACAUUGGUUCUUGAUGUUUCCCCACUAAGGAUGAGACCCACUACUGAGAAGGAACCCCAGGAAUCCCUUACAUUCUCCUUCCCCUGCAGCCCCCACCUGAUUCUGUUCUUGUGUGGAUUCCAGAGCUGACUGCUGGAUUGAGAUGCUUAUUUCCCCAUAUACAUGUAUAUAGAAGUUGGUAGUACUCUGUCUUCUAAGUGUAUUACAUACAUAGGCUAUCUCUCUCCUUUAUAGAUGUUUCCUUCCUUCCUUUUGAGGAUGUGAGUAGAAUACUGAUUUUGGAAAAUGGCCAUGAUCCUAUAAGAACCUAAAAGUUCUCAAUUUCUUGAUGGCCAAGUUAUCUCAACUGAGUUUUUAAUCAUGGGCUGUGUACUAGCUGUGGAUGUUGUAAAAAUGACUUCUCUCAUACUCACUUUCCUCCUCUAUAAAAAAAGCAUCAUUAAAGACAACCCUCACCAAUUUCAUGGAAUUGUAAGGAUUAAGAGAAUAAUUUAUGUAAAGGAUUUACCAUGAAUACCAGUAAAUACAACUACUGUUACCUCUGAUUUUGUUCUUGAUUGAGAAUUGAGGAGAGAAAUUUUGGAAUUUAGGAGAUGUCACUUUUGGACUUAGAUCAAAUCCCCAGUUGACCUAAAGCUUGGCUUUUAAGGCCAACUAAUUAAGUGUUACAGGACAACUUUUAUUUGCGUAUUUCAACAAAGGAAGAUUUUUACUUCUGCAUCAUCCACCAAUCUUCUUAGGUUCAACCAAACAUUCGGACUUAACAAGCCUGCGACGGGCUAUAUUUGGCACCAAUUUACUCAGAAGGCUAUAGGACAGGAACCACAGCUCGCCAGCAGGACAAUUUUGAACCUCCUUUUCAGAAGACAGUAUUCUAACAGCAGUCUAUGCAACGGUAUCUCCCCAGGUGACAGCUCAGGGUCCUCCUUAAAGGACAUGCAGUUACAAGACUUUUCCACUCAGGUAUGCCCAAAGCUGUGGCUUUCUGUCAUGUAUCUGGAGAUUUCCCAGUCCAGAUGCAACUUACCAGUCCUAGGGGUCAUACUUACCAGAAGCAAAGUUGCCUGGCAAUACAACUGACACAUACCAUCCUAUUUAGUUGUCAGGGUAGGAAGACGUAGGUAGUUAACAGAAGUCAUCAGGGGAAAAGGUUUUGUUAACCUUUUCAUUUUCAACUACUUGGGAAGUAUGGGGGUAAGGGGGGAACCCCAAACACUGGUAAGCUGCUUUCCCUGGAAGACAAACAGCUAAACUGAUCUAAUAGACAGAAUUGUAUUGGGUCUGUGAUCUAUUCCCUGAACCAUUUACUGGUGGUGGGGGCGGGUGAGUCACCAAAAUGAAGUAGCAAUAUAAACCUGUCUCUGAGCCUCCCUUUUGUCUGUUUCCUCAUGAACUGCACAGAGAGUCUUGCACUCCCUAAUUUCUUUCUGGUUGGUCCAGCUGGGAAGGGGAGAAGGUGAGUGGGGGACCAUAUUUCUACAAUUUUUUCUGACUGCUACUGGGUAGAUAAAUCAAGACAGCUCUGCCUGUAGGUCUUGGAUAUCUGUAACUGGGUGUGAAAAGUGGAAGACCCUGAUGAAUUCUCCAAAACAAAGCUGGUUUGGUCUCUUGUAGGGUUCUGUGUAGCCUCACCUGGUACAUCGUAAUUUCUUACUUGAGGAGGGAGACCAGCAUCCUGAAAAUGAACUGGAAAGCCACCUUCUUUAGUCAAAUCUGCUAAAUCACACCUCCAAUGAAUGAUAUUCAAUAACUUCUGUCAUAGCAAAAUUUAUACAGCAGUGGUACCAUUUGUAAUUCUAAUGCUUAACUCUUAUGGUAUAAUUAAGACAGUCCUUUUUGAAGACCAGUUACCCUCUAUCACAUAACCUGUCACAUACAUUAGAAUUUUUAAAAAAUUCUUUAGGCUUGAAAAUAACCAGAGUGUUCAUAAUUAGGAUUUGGAAAAGGAGUCUAUUCAACCAAGCAGAUCACUGCCUUUCUUUCGUCUUUACUAUGAAUUCUGAAUAAAAUGCAGAACACACUCUCAAUAUGUAGAAAAAUAAAAUUUUGGCAAAACAAUAAUUACUGUUUUUCUGUAUGUACUUAGCAGUGAAAUAUUUAUAGGCAACAUAUUUUAAGAAGUCAGUUCCAUGGCUAUAAAAAAUGUUUAAGUUGAUGAAAUUUACAGUGCAUAUUAAAAGCAUGAUACAAAUGGAAAUUUAAAAUUUUGUAUUAGGAAGCCCAGUUUGCUAAAAGUAGCAUUAAUAUCAUUCACAUCAGAUUUUAAUUUGUUACACAUUUUUGUAGUUCAGCAAAGGCCCUUAUGAUGAAAAACAAUUAAAAAGUGUUACUUAUGACAAAAAUAAUUAUCUGUGUAAAAAGGGGGCGACCCAAAAGAUUUUUAUAUGCUUAUUUAAUUCAGAUAAAUAGAACUGUUAUGAAUUUGAGAGGAAUGAAGAUAUUCAAACACUAACAGAAAAUCAUUAGCCUCAGAGCAUUCAAAUGCUUACGUAACUCUUCAAUCCAUCUGGCUUCAUAAAAUCCAAAACUUUGAACACAAAGUGGCAGAGUUCACAUUACCUUUUGUAUGUUCCUAAGUAUGAAACUGCAUCAAUUUAUUAUGAAUUAAAUUUGAAAAACAUCACAGAUUUAAAAACAAAGUACAAAAGUGCCUGAUUCUUUUUAAUUCCACAGAUACCUAGCAUCUCAACAUGUAAACAAACUUCUAUACUGCUCAAUGAAUCUUUCCAAUUUUGAUAAUAAACUAAAUAGUAUCAGAUCUAGUAUAUGACUUUCAUGUGUAAGUUAUGGUUUUAUCCAUUACUUUGACAAUAUUACUGAUGUAACAGAGAGAAAAAUUUUCAACUAUUGUAUUUAUUUAAAACAAACUGACAGGUUCAAGCACCUGUCUUCAGAAAAGCCAGCAGCAUUUUUUUUUUUUUUUAAACAUACUCAAAGUAAGAUUUGGCCUAAGCCCUUAAUACCUUCCUGAACAGCCAUGCAACUAAACACCCUCAGGAGAUGUUACAUAAGGGAGAGAAGAACAUGGAGCAAUUUGCACUUUUUCCCCUAGAUAAUAUUAACAAGGUAAAGCAAAUCCAGAUCUUUAUGAAUGAACGGCUGUCAUGUUUCAUACACUUGGAGCUCUAUAAAACUAGAGCCACUAUCAUAUAUGCUUUUAUAGAUAUAUAUGUAUUUUUAAUAAAGUCUCUCACUUGCUUCAAAA